AAGCUCUAUUGUCUAUUCUCACAAUUUAUCAUCUCUCAUAAGCUUUAGGGAUUUUGUUAUUUGCUUUUGGAAAAAUUCAUUAAUUCAGGAAGAAAAACUCAGCCCAGAUCGCUUUUCUUAUAAUUUUUGGAGAUCUAUGGAGCAGCUUGUUAACUUUAUAAUACGUCCUCCCAGAGCUGAAUACAAUCCAGAAAGUGAUCUUUUAGAUGAAGAGUUUAUGUUGAAAGGGAAAUGGUACCAAAGGAAGGAUAUAGAGGUUAAAAAUGGAAGAGGAGAUGUUCUACAAUGUAGUCAUUAUGUACCCGUGGUUAGUCCUGGAGGAAAACCUCUUCCAUGUGUGAUAUACUGCCAUGGAAACAGUGGCUGCAGGGCAGAUGCUAGUGAAGCUGCUAUAAUGUUGCUGCCUUCAAAUAUUACUGUUUUUACUCUUGAUUUUUCAGGAUCUGGGUUAUCUGGAGGAGAGCAUGUCACCUUGGGUUGGAAUGAAAAGGAUGAUCUGAAAGCUGUAGUUGAUUAUUUGCGGGCAGAUGGAAAUGUCUCUUUGAUUGGCUUUUGGGGCCGCUCAAUGGGUGCUGUUACCAGCCUAUUGUAUGGAGCUGAGGAUCCGUCAAUUGCAGGAAUGGUUCUUGACAGUCCUUUCUCUGACUUGGUCGAUCUGAUGUUGGAACUAGUUGAUACGUAUAAAUUCCGUUUGCCCAAGUUCACCGUUAAGUUUGCAAUCCAGUUCAUGCGAAAAUCUAUACAGAAAAAGGCGAAAUUUGACAUAGCAGACCUGAACACCAUCAAGGUGGCAAAAUCUUGCUUUGUUCCAGCACUGUUUGGGCAUGCUAUUGGUGAUGAUUUUAUACAACCUCAUCAUUCAGAUCGGAUAGUUGAAGCUUACAUGGGUGAUAAGAAUAUUAUCAAAUUCGAGGGAGAUCAUAACUCUCCUCGUCCUCAGUUUUACUUUGAUUCCAUAAAUAUCUUUUUUCACAAUGUCCUGCAACCUCCUGAGGAUGAGGCAGGUGCAACUUUUUAUGACUUUGGCAAGGCUAGUUGGGCCGUCCCUGAAGUUGGCUUUUUUCCAGAUUCUUCAGCCGCAUCUAAAGCCACUAGCAGCACAUUGGAUGCCAUUAAACAAGUUCGUUCUAAAAGACCCAUGAGUCGAACAGAGGUUCCUUCUGAUAUACCAUCUGAAGAAAAUAACCCUGGAUGUCAGAAUAAAAAUACUGAUGAUGAUAGUGGUUCGUCGCCAUCCAAUAUGAUAAGUUUUGAAUUAUCCAGCGGUCAUCCAUUUGGCCCUCAUGUGCCAACAACAAUGGAUGAUGAUCAGUUUGUGGAAUAUCGGCUGGAUGACUUCACAGGCUUUCCAUGUAAUGUGGAGGAAGAAGAGAGGAUGUUAAUGGAAGCCAUAAUUGAGUCCUUAAAAGACUUAGAUAUGCCACAUCCUCAGACGGAAGAGCAACCCAAGACUUGUGCUGAUUCUUCAGAGUCUUUAAGGAAAGAUGAAAUAAAUGGAAAGGAUGCUUGUUCGACCGUAGAAAAGGGCAGUUCCGUGCCCCUGGAGUCCACGUCCACCCGAGUGGAACAUCAUCAAUCCACCUUAGUAGUCGAUGGCUCCGAUGUCGGCAUCAAGCCAGCAUCCCCUGAUACUAGCGUCUCAUCUUCGGGACAUGCAUUUGAUACACCUCCAUUGACGGAGGAAUCAGGGAGCACAAGUAGUGAUACCUCAGCAAGUACCCAGAAUUCAUCUGAACCGGUCGUGUCAGGUAGUACAAAAGCCGCUGUAACAGUGGUACGGAACCCCUCUAAUAACAUCAUGGAUGGUUUGAAGCAUCGCUGGGAUCUCAACUUCUUUCGAAACAGUCGAUGAAAGUUGAGAUGACAUUGUAUGAAUAGCCUGUUGAUUGCAUUAUUCUUGUAACUAACUAGUAUGUAAUUUGUAGUUCUGUAAG